UUGAAAACAAAUACAAUGUUCGGAUUACUUUUGUUAUUUUACAAUUUUAACAACAACAAGAUUUUUCAUGUUUUUCGAAGUUUUAGUUCAAUAGCAUAGCUGAUAUGUAAUGGAAACAGGCGAUAUCAGGUAAAGCAGAUUUAGACAUUAAACAAGGGGCAGUUCAUACAUAGCACUAUGAGUGGUCAGCAGUUGGUUGACUCUUUAAAGAGUCUUGAAUUUCCACAAGUUGAUUCUCUGGAACCUCAGGCUUUGGACUGGAUGUUUGAAAAUGAAGCAGUUGCCCCUAUGCUGGAGUGGUUUUGUCACAAUAUUAGUCAGUCAAAUAUACUGCAGAAAAAAGAGAUAGAUGAGUAUCAGGCUUUGUCACAGUCAGGUGAAGUGAUUUUAAAGGGGAGACAACUAGGUGAAGCCUUAAGUAACUUGGAUUUUGUAGAGGAUGAAUCAGUAUCAGAAGAAAGCUUGAAAGAAGAAAUAGAACAACUGAAUGCAAACCUACAACACUACAAGAAACAAAAAUCUCAGUUAGGAAAAAGAAGAAAUCUUCUAAGUAACCAUCAUUCCUCACUUUCCCAUCGUGUGUCCAAGAUGAAUGCUGUAGAUAUGAAAGCCAAACAGGAUUAUAAGGCUGCCCUGGCACAUACACAUACAGUUAAUGCCCAGAUGAAUGAGAGUUUAGAAAAUCUCACAAAGUCUUUGACAGAACUGAGUCACCUAUACAGAAUUCCUGGUACAGAAAAGAAUGAUGCUCCUUCUCUUGUCAAUCAGAGUUCUCUCCCUGGGCAGACUGGUUCACCUGCAAUGUUUCUGUCACAGGUACCAGUCCAACAAUAUUACAGUGCUGAAGAGGCAUUUACAACACAACUUACAGCCUACACAAAGAAGCAGUUCUUUCAGGGUAUUGCUGAGAUGGCUAGCUGUGGGGAAGAUUCACGUUUUGAGAUUCUGGAAGUCAGUGAUCCAGAUAGCUUACUGGUGAGAGGGGAAAAUCCUGAUGUGAACAUCAAAGAUUGUAAAGAACUUGCAAGACUGCAAAGUUUGUAUGUUAAAAGUGAGACAGAUAGAGUCAAAGCACAGCUAGAAAUGAAGAAGUUGAAGUCACAGAAACAGUCAGCUCAAGAAAUUCUUGAAUCACUUAAAACUGGAACUUUUUCUACAGACCAUGGGAAAAACAAAGAAAGGUUACAGAAGCUUCAGGCGUCUAUGCAGGCAGUACGGCGAGAUUUUCUUGUGCUAGGAGAGAACGAGGUACCAAAACUUAUACAAGAAUGUAAAGAUGCAAAGGUUUUACGAGUGUUGACCGGAGAUUAUAACUUGAAACUUGCCAGACAGGACUAUUUUACUUCAAAUCAGGACAAGGUGAUAAAUGAGUUGGUAAAGCAGAGAUCUAGGAAUGAGUUUGUAACCAUGGCACUGGAGGUGGAGCUACGGAGACAUAGAGAGCUUCAUCAUGUACUGACAUCUCUCCAUACCCAGUUACACAAUCAGCAUGUACAGUACCAGGCUAGAAUGAGUGUGAUGGGUGAUAGUUCGUUGACACCAGCCAGACAUAAACGAGAAACAAUAGAUUCCAGGGAUAAAAGUGCAGCAAGGUUAUACCAUUGUUUAGAUGAAGGGAGGGAUGAAUCAGAGAAGCAGUUGUUCCUUACCUAUGCAUCACUGGUACAGAAUGCUGAGCGACUCCAGCAAAAACAUAGUAGCCUGGUACAAACUCUUGAGUCCUCCAGUACUACAGGACUGGAUAAUGUCAACUUACUUGAGCACAAAGUGUGGGCUUGUGAAGAGCUGGUAUAUGCAGGGUCAAGCACAACUAGUGGACAACCACUGCUGACUCCUAGACCAAUACAAGAUAACAUCAUCCAGUUAAGAAAUAUGCUUAAGCAACUAGAACAAGGAAUCAUGGAAGUUGUCAAAGAUAUUGAUAAUAAGAAAAAGUUAUUGAAGAAUGAUGCAUUGCUAGCAAGAGAGAGAAAGAUAUUCACCUACUUCUUCACUACCCCAGCCAAACUGCAUAAAUGUCUGGAGGAACUCUCAUCAAGACUACAUGCUGAAUCUCAAAUGAAUCAGUCAGAAACAAGAUAGCAUCGUGUAAAAUCAUUCGAUAUCUGAUCAGUUAUAGCAGCUUUUAGUUACAUACUAUAGAACAGAGAAAAAGCUUUCUGUCUUUUGUGAUAUCUCUUAUAAUUACUGUAAAUAAAAGUGAUAUUUGUUGAAUUCAAAGGUAGAAACUCACAUCACAGGCACCUGUGAGCAGGAUUACACUUAAAGGGACUUUGGCAGUAUCAAAAAGAUUUUAAUAUUUGAGUAUCAAAAGUAAAACUUUGGAAAGAGAAACAGAAUCCUGUGUAUCUACCAUUUAGAAAGGGGUUCUAUGCCAUUGGUGUAACACUUUAAAAUAAACAGCUUGCUGCAGCCUCUGUGAUUAUAGGUGCCAGUGUCAUGCAAUACUCCCCUUUGAAUGUUCAAGCCUUUAAUGUCCUCAAUAAUCUAUAUUUAUUUAUAGUAAGAAAAACAUGAGAUGGAAACUUGUUGAAAAUAUUAAAGUUUAAAUAUUAA